GACGGAUCUGGAGAUAGACGCUUUCGACCAGAAGUACGCCUCCAGUGUUGAAACAUGCCCACAACAAAGAAGUGAACCGGAUGCGGGGAACCGUUGUUCCUAUUCCUUUCGCGGUCUGAUUGUCAAGAGCUGAUAUAUAAUAGCAAUAACAUGUCUCUCUUCAAUCUACAACAACUACAGCUCGCUUCCACCUGCGACAGAUCCACUCGUUCACUUCGGUUCUCAACUGACCAAUCUUUUUAAUUCGUCAAUAUGCACGUCCGCAACAUCUGGAGCGUGGCGCUCCUUGCUUCUCUCGCCCAGGCCGCCCCUGGCCGCGACGAUGAUUACAACUACAGGUUCGAGCACGAGGACUCUUACUCCUCGCAUGCCCCUGCUCGUUCCUCGCAUGCUUGGUCGUCCUCCGCUGCAGCGUCGUCUUCGAAGCACCACCACUCUUCCAAGACUUCCGCCAGGGUCACCUCGUCCUCCGCCGCGGCCUCCUCUUCCGUCAAGUCCUCCAAGUCGCGUUCUUCAAAGGCGGCAUCAUCCUCGGCUUCAUCCUCGGCUUCAUCCUCGGCUCGUUCCUCGAAGUCUUAUUCCUCCAAGGCCUCGUCUACUUCGGCCCAGGUUACUUCUUCUUCGACCAAGGUCAAGCCUACCACCACCAUCGUGUCUACCGUUGUCGUUACGGUCACUAGCAAGCUCCCCAAGAGCAGCCAUGCCGUUAAUACCACGAUCAUUGUCCCGAGCAGCGCGCCGGUCACGACUCCUGUCGUCAUUCCUUCUUCCGUCCCCGUGAAGAACGAGACCAGCAUCGUCCCGCCUCCUAAGACGUCUGGUGCUCCAGUUCCUCCUCCCCCAGCGCCUCCCGCGCCCCCAGCACCUCCAGCACCACCGGCACCCCCAGUUGUUCCCCCGGAGGUACCACCGGCAGCUCCCCCAGCCGCUCCUCCUGCUGCCCCUCCUGCUGCUCCUCCUGCUGCUCCCCCGGCUGCUCCCCCGGCUGCCCCUCCUGCUGCUCCUCCAGCCGCUCCUCCAGCUUCUCCACCUGCUUCUCCCCCAGCUGCCCCUCCGGCUUCUCCUCCUGCUGCUCCCCCGGCUGCUCCUCCUGCUUCCCCCCCUAAGCCAGAGCAACCUGGUGCCCCAGCUCCUCCCAAGCCAGAGCAGCCUGGUGCUCCCGGUGCUCCUGGUGCUCCUGGUGCUCCUGGUGCUCCCGCUCCUCCAGGUGCUCCUGGUGCUCCCGGUGCUCCCGGUGCUCCCGCUCCUCCUGCUGCUCCCGGUGCUCCUGGUGCUCCCGCUCCUCCAGAGGCUCCCGGUGCUCCCGGUGCUCCCGCUCCUCCCAAGCCAGAGCAGCCUGGUGCUCCCGGUGCUCCUCCCGCGCCCGAGCAGCCCACUCCGGCUGUCCCAGGUGUCCCAGAGGUCCCCUCCACUCCCGGCGUUCCCAGCCCACCAGAGUUCACCGGUGCUGCAUCCACCCUCGAGAUGUUUGGUACCCGCGCUGGUCUCGCUGCUGGUGCCAUUGGCUUCAUGGGCUUGGUCUUCGCCGAGCUAUAAGCUUGUCCCCAUAUCUUGACAAGUCAGGUCUCAGGUCUCUAUAUAUCUCAGGACUUUUGACGAGAUAUCAAAGUAUGAUAACGCACCUAAUG